AGGCUUUGGCUCCAGGGAGAGCCCGCAUGCCAGCUCCUUCUCCCAAACGACACUUCACCUUGAGCGCGCAAGCGCGACGCUCGGCGUAUCCACUUCUCCUCCCUCUCCUGCCGGGGCGAUGGGGUUAUCUCCCGAUUCUCCUGGCGUGGAGGAGGAACCUUCUCAGUCGCCGGCCUCCGCCGAGGCGCCUUCGGGGCCAUGGGAGGCGGCCACACCGGACACCGCCUUCGAUGACGACGAGACCGCGGACACCGCCUCCGAGCCGAGACCAUCGAAGAGAGGCAGCCGCGAGUCAGUGAUGAUGACGAAGGCGAAAGACUACACGAAGCAGUGGUUUGCCACUGGCAGCAACCGCGAUCUACAGCAGAUCUCUGGCGAGGAUCUCCGCACGAUCUGGUGGCUCAGCGUCCGCGCGAUGCAGGCCCGCGCCGAGUUCAAGAAGAGGCAGCUGGAGCUGUCCGAGAGGAUGCUGAAAGAGCGGCGGAGUGGGUGUGCGAGCGCGCUCUCGUCGACGUACGCCACCCGCUAUCAGUGGGCGCUCUUCGUCGUUGUUCAUCUCCUUAUCACCUUCUUGAUUUGGUCCCAUUUUUUCCUAAAGAAGUACAGGGAGCAAGAGGGACUCCCCGAGUUCAUCCCCGCGGAGGACGCCCUCGCUCCGGAGGAUGCUGGCAUGCCAAUGCCCAACUACUGGAAGAAGCGUCUGGUUCCGCCGCUGUUGUUUGGCCUCAAGCACGCCAUCCUGUGGCAGAUGGUGUGGCUACCUGUAACGAUGAGCCGCCACCUUCUGGCCCUAACUGCUCGAACGAAGAUUCGAAAGUUCGUCCCUCUGGAGCACAUGACUUUCUUCCACAUUGCCCUGGGAUACAUCACGUGCUUCCUCAUCAUCGUUGGCACCAUCGUGUUCUUGAUCUUCUUCGGGCACGGCUGUCGACAGCACCUCGGGCAUUUCGGCCACCCUCUCGAGCCCAUCGAUUUCUGCGAGAAGAUGCAGAGCGAGAUCAUGAUCACAGGACUAGGCAUCUUCGUCCUCCUGGUGAUCGUGAUGGUAAGCUCCUUCCUGCGGCGCCACAUUCCGUUCGAGUGGUUCUACGUGCUGCACCAUUUCGUGUUCGUCUUGUUCGGCCUGACCAUUGCGCACACAAUGGACGACCAGUUCCGGGGCGGCACUCGCAUCGGCAAGAAUCGGUCACAGGAUUUCCGAUUCAUCGCCACGACGCUCAGCUUAUAUUUCUUGGACAGGGCUUGGAGCUUCCUCACCGUGCGGCGCGACGUGCCCGUGCAGGAUGCCAUGGUCUGUUCCACGAAAAGCAUGCUCACGCUGGUGUGCAAGAAGCCGGUCGACUUCCAGUUCGCUCCUGGCCAGUACGCCUACAUCCAGAUACCUUCUUUGGACAAUUCGUUCCACCCGUUCUCCAUCGGCUCUGCGCCGGAAGAAGCUGUGCUCAGGUUCUACAUCGUGGUGUACAAAGGCCAGUGGACCGAGAAGCUGGCCGACGCUAUCGAAGAGAUGACGGUCGGCGGAGUGAACAUCAUGGGCCCGUUUGGUCCAGGGUUCGAUACAAAUAACUUCGUGAGCGUCAGCGCAGUGGGCACGGGGACGGGCAUCGUGCCCAUGAUGUCGUUGAUGAGGGAGCGCUAUCACAGGCUGACGCUCAUGAACAAGGAGCUGCUGCAAGGGAUUCAAGAGGACCCCGAGAAAGUGGUUCGGCUGGAGCACAUGGCGCUCCACGAGGCCGUGAACCACACGAGGCUCAUCAUGCUGCAGUACAAGUGGAAGUUGCGCUGCAUGCGCGUGAGGAGUGGCACGCAGACUUCGUUCAUCAUGUCUAAGGCCACGAAUCGUACGUACUACCACUACAUGUUCGACAUCAUCGCGCACGUCGUCCUGCUCCUGGACAUGUGUCAGGGCUUCUGGACGUUCUCUUGGAAGUACCUGAACGAAAUGGAGUUCAAUGCCAAGUUCCAAAAGGUCGAUGCAGUCCAGUGGAAGGCAUUGGAGAUCAUGAGCAUCGUCUGCAUCGCGUUCUUCUUGGUGCACCGGGCCUACUUGUGGGCGAACCCUAGCAUCUUCAGGCGGUCCUUCGCGGACGUGCUUGAUGUGGUGGCAGUGGCGUUUAUGCUCGGCACCCACUUCGCAUGGGCGGGCGAGGUUCCGUCCUUUUACAUCGCCCCUUCUCACAUGGCCGUGCUCUUGCGCGGCUUUUUUGCGCUAUGGCGCAUCGCGCGCAUCUACGCCGCCAGUCAAGUCGUGCGCAUCGGCGACGCCAGCUCUAAGUUGGGGGUCGAGCACGACCUCGUCAAGAACGGGAAGUUCCGCGUGCUCUGGAUCGUGCGGGGAGGAGACGGCUUCGCGGCCAAAUGCAUGGAGUUCGAGGACAUGAUGACGGACUUGCUCCAGAAGUUCAGCCGCUGGCAGCUGGAUCGCCUCUUCGGCCUCGACAUCUACAUCACGGGCGUGAGCCUAGCCGAGGAGCGGAGGCUCCGGGAGCUCAUCCGGGGAUCGGCUAUCGAGAGUUGCGCGCGCUUCGAGCGCCCCGACGUUGUCGAGUGGGUGGUCCAGAGGAUGUCGGACGUGCUCAGAGACACUCUGCACGAGAGAUGCACCAUCACGGGCGGCUCCAUGCUCGCCUUCUGUGGGAGUCCUGCGGUGGGCUUGCAGGUAAGCCGAGGAGUGCAGGAGGCGAACAUGCACGCCAUCGUGCUGCGGAUGGCUGGCUGCCGCAUGGCGUUCCAGGAGGAGUACUACGGCGUCGUGGGAGGCAAGCCGAAGGCGCAGGUGCGAAGGAUGCUUGGCAGCCAGCGCAGCAGCGUCUCCUGAUUAGACCACCGCCACCUAUCUGGUGAUUUGAACAUCUCCCCUCCUUUUCCGUGGGGGGCUCCCGCAGACCACCCAAAAACGCUCACCACAGGGGCCGAAGGCCCCAGGGGCGCCUGAGACAUCAUUAUAGCAUGGGCGAGGGGGGCUGGAUAGGGCGGAGGCGCCUAUGCGAAUCAUAACGACUACUGCUGGCAACAUGCGACAUGUUGCCUGGCGAAAUUGGCCGUCCGCUUCCUCGGGGCAUCCUGAACCAAUGGCUUCGCAUCCUCGGCUAUGGCGCGUUCCCGCUAACAGACACGUGAAUUCAUCGGAGAAUCGUGCACGAUAUUGCAUGCCGCUGCCCAGACCAUGUCAGCCCACCGCCUGCCGCCCUAAGCGCGCCAGGGAGGUAUUGCAAUGCCGAUGUGCGCAGGCUUCCCGAAACGGAUGUCUGCGAAGAUUCGUCUGUACAGUUAUAAGCCAUGCGGCGAGGGGGUGCGACCCAGAUGCGUCCACGGACAGCGACCGCUGUUGCUGAUGGGCAUUUUCUCCAUUUCUAAUGUGCAUGCACCCUCAGGUUAAAGCGUGCCAGCCUGAGCUCGGGGGCCCGGCGUUCAGUCGAUCUGGGCAACAUGGCGUGGAAAGCAAACCUUCUGCGCGCCGCCGCCCAUGGGAUGCGGCGGGAUUUCGAUGUGUCUCACCUUCGCCAUGUUUCAAACAGUGGAGGCCCAUGCCAAGAAACACCCUGCCUGCC